GUUCCAGCCCACGGGGUCUGAGAAGCCGCGCAAGCGCUACGCGGCUCGCCUGUUGUUUCUUUUUUAAAAAGGGGGCGGGGCCAGCAGAGCGCCGCCGCGCUUAAGAGACAUGUUACCCCGCCGCUUCGUUUCCUUCUUCAGCACCGGUGGCUGCGGUCUCCGCAGGGUCCAAAAGCCCGUCGGACGCGGGUGGCCGGAGGGAGAGAGGCUCCUGACAGGAGAGCGCGGGGGGCAGCCGCCGGGGCGUUUCCUGAGCGGCUCUGCGGGCCCUGUGUCUUCAUCCCCCGGCAGCGCCGACGAGGAGCCCCGCGGCUUUCCCGAAGCGCUCCUGGGCUUGUGUCGGAGGAGGCGCUUCCUGCGAGGAGCCGAAGGUCCCCAGAAGCUCACCUGGGACUCUCACCUGAGCGGGGAGCACCCGGGAUUGGGGCCUCUGGGCGUCGAGCUGAGGAAGAACCUCGCCGCCCGGUGGUGGGAAUCCGUGGUCACGUCCAGGGAGCAGGUGCUGGGGGUGGAUGGCCCGCUCUGCCGCUCUCCCCUCGCGGGCCAAGGGCAGCCCGCGGAGGCUCUCCUUGCGCUGCGCCCCAGAGGCGUUCGGGAAAUGUUGGAGAAUGACCAGCUAAGCAAAGAGCAGGUGCUGGGCUCUCUGAGGAAGAUGCUGGAGGCGUCUGGGGUGCUGCGGGACAGCCUCCUUCACGGUAUGGCUCUCUGUCUCUCUUUCCAGAAUGCCAUUGUUGUUGUUGUUUAGUCGUGUCCGACUCUUCGUGACCCCAUGGACCAGAGCACGCCAGGCACUCCUGUCUUCCACUGCCUCCCGCAGUUUGGUCAAAAUCAUGCUGGUAGCUUGAGAACACUGUCCAUCCAUCUUGUCCUCUGUCAUCCCCUUCUCCUUGUGCCCUCCAUCUUUCCUUUCCCAACAUCAGGGUCUUUUCCAGGGAGUCUUCUCUUCUCAUGAGGUGGCCAAAGUCUUGGAGCCUCAGCUUCAGGGCCUGUCCUUCCAGUGAGCACUCAGGGCUGAUUUCCUUCAGAAUGGAGAGGUUUGAUCUUCUUGCAGUCCAUGGGACUCUCAAGAGUCUCCUCCAGCACCAUAACUCAAAAGCAUCAAUUCUUCGGUGAUCAGCCUUCUUUAUGGUCCAGCUCUCACUUCCAUACAUCACUACUGGGAAAACCAUAGCUUUUACUAUACGGACCUUUGUUGGCAAGGUGAUCUCUCUACAUACCUAAGUUUUAUCACGGAUGGAGGGGUUGUAUUAGGAUGGCAGCCCCUUAACACAGGUCCUCUUAUAGUAGGUUUGCAGACCGGAGAACGAAAGGUUUGGUGAGAAGGCAGCUGUUCGAAAUGGUGAAAAGCAUCUUGAAAAGGUUCCUUUCUUCUCUCAUCUGUAGGAACGAAAAAGUUAACAUAAGGACCCACAAAGGGGGAGGAGGGAAGGGGGGAAGUCCAGGGGAAUCUACGGAAUUCUUUUUAUUUUGGUUGUUUGACAAUUGUUUGUAAAUUUUAAAAUUUGAAAAACUAAAUAGUUUUUUUUAAAUAAAUAAAAAGAUUCCUUUCUAGCUGCAAGGGGGGAGGGGAAUAUGAAGCAAACCUGCAGCUCACAUUAAAAGAUGUUAAAAAGGCUGGGGUGAAUAAAAAAGUAUUUUUUAACUUUCUUUGCACUCCUAUAAAAAGUUCGUCCUGCAUCUUUGACCGCAGUAAUUCCUCCUCUAUUCUUUUUUAAAGAUGGAAAGGUGAGGUUGAGCAGCAUCAGCUCAGCCAAAAAUAAAGAUGUCGUUUUAACAGAGGGCAAAGGUCUAUUUGGCAAAGUGUUUUGUGACUAUUCCGAAAUGAAGGUGUUUAUGUUGGCAGAUUUGCUGUGUAGUAGUGCCAUCCUCCAAAAUUAACAAACCAGGUGCUGUCUUCGAUAUACAGCCUGGCUGAAAGGAAUGCCUACUAGGUCGUCUUCAAACCCUUCUUCAACAAACCUGGUAUUAAAAUAGUAUAAGGACAAGCAGAUGAAGGUUAUUUUAUUGACCGUUUGUACUGUUUCGUAACUUGCAGCAACAAACACUGAUAACUAAUGAGAUACCAAUAGAAAACUUUGGUGAAUAAAAAAAGAUUUCACCUAUUUAUUAUGCAGACGCCUUGUUUCAGAGUCAGCAUCUUGAAGUGUUAUAUGAAACACUUGUGUUGUAUUUCAUUAUAGAAAAUGCAGGCAUUUAGACAGCUGGUUGAUUUAUGAAUUCAGCAUUGGCUGCUUCUGAAGUUGCAAUGCCCAAAGACUUGCUCACUUUUGGGUAUUAGGUUAACAGUGGAGCGUUCUGGGGAGUUGGCUGUGUUGAAUUAGUUACGAUGAAUUCUGCCAAACUUGCAGCUGUAACUCCAAAGGUGUGUGACAGCAGAUACAUAUUUUUGUCAAAAGUGCCUUUCCACCACUCCACACAAUUUGAAGUUUAGUGCUGUGGUUGAUGGGAUAUGCAACUCCCCAAGUACAGCUAAGGUUCUGCUACCCCUCUGGAAAAUAUAGCUAAGGUUUUUGUAUCUCUGAAUGUGUGCAUGCUGGAAUGUGUCUAUUCUAUCACACGUUUAUAUUAUGAUAUUGGAACUUUCAGUUGAAAGAUGGUACAUUUUUUAACACUUCUCUGAAAAUACAGGCACAAAACAUAUUAAAAACAUAGCACCCAACUCAGAAGUAACCCAGUGUACAGUUGUAUAUAACAAAGUAAUUGUAAGUUUGUGUGAAAAGGUAGUGUAUAGCUGUGACACUACUUGGUGUAGUUGCUAAAUUUUGCCCUAGGCUGUCUAUGUUCCAGAUUCUUUUCCGUUAUAAAACAGAUUAACAUAUAGGAAUUGUUAACACUUCCUAUGAAUGCUGAAGCCUUUUCAUUAUUUAUUUAUUGAUAGGUGCCUUACAGCAAUACAUUGAGUGCCUGGAACUGGUCAACAAGAGAUUGCCUUUUGGGGUUGCUCAGAUAGGAGUAUGUUUCCAUCCAUUAAGAAAUAAUGAAAACGAGAAUUACAUGAGGUACUGUAAUUUACGUUCCUAAAUAGGCUUUGGUAGAAUAUUUGGCCACAGGUGCUUAUCUCUGCAUGUCUGUUCUAUUUCUGGAAGAAAAAUAAUCUCUUCCAUUUAUUUGUGUUUUAAAGUGUUAAUUUGAUGGCCUCCUGCUGUUGUUUAAAGAACAGGUGAAAGCACGAUGACUUCCCUAGUGUGGUACAGCUCUGCUAGAACUGCUGGACAGUGGCUGGACUACUGGUUACGUCAGCGUCUCCAGUGGUGGAGAAAGGUAUUCAGUAUAGUACUUGCAUUAUAAGCUUUUAAGGUACAAAGAGAGUGAAUUGUCUGCCACUGUUUUUAUAUGCCCUAAGGAGGCUGCUGAAGGUUAAAAGGCUGUAGGUCAUUGCCCUCAAUAUUAGAAUAAUGAUGAACAAACCCACUUUUAGCACUCAAACAAUCAUUUGCUUAAUUUAAAAUAUAUGAAUCCAACAAGAUCCUCAGUUAGACUUGCAAGUAGUUCUGCCUCCUGCAGUCAUUAAAAAUUAGAUCCAACUAUAUGCAAGCGUGUGACUUACUAAAAAUUCUUCUGGACUGGCAACUAACGUAGAAUUAUUUGCAAGCUUUCCAAACAAAAAGUAUAGUCCAGCAAAAGGAAAGUAAGGCGUUGCUGCUGCAAUCCUAGAUGGCAUUUUAUACUUCAGCUCGCUACAUUGUCUUUCACAGUCUGUGUAUGGUUCCUUCCCACUAAUGUUAGGAUAGUAUUCUUGUCACCUCUGAUCUCCAUCUGACAUGAGAAGUUGUGAAGCGUUGGCAUUAGUCUCCUGUGCUUUGAAUUAUCAGCCAAGUUCUCACCCUCACACAUGCCAUCCCCCCAUGAAAUUACAGCUGAAAUUUCCCCAUGUUUGUUUUACUCCACACCCUGUCUCCACUGAUAUACACUCCAUCUAUUCCUUGCAUUGGAGUAGGUUGUGGAACUUUUGACUGCACUGUGCCAAAGAAGCAGUUUUUGCCAGGAUUUAGGUAGGGAAGGAAAGGGCUAAUUUUCUCCCUUGCUCCCUGCUACAGUUCUAAUAAUUCCCCCAGGGCAGGGGUUAUCAGCCUGUUUAGGACUUGAGAGCACUUUUGCAAACUGGAGAAAUUGUGGUGGGCAACACCUAUCCUAUUGGCUAUAAUGGAUUGCUUAUUUCAUGCAUAAUUGCAUCAAAGAUAGGGACGCUGUAUUGCCCAGGAAGGAAAGGUGUGGGUGCACUCGUGGGGGUCACAUUGGUGACCCCAGCAUAGUGGCUACUGGUUGUUGUGCAUUAAAUGUGUGUCUCGUUUGUCCUUGAGCCACAGCCGAUAUACAGUGGUGCCUCGCAAGACGAAAUUAAUCCGUUCCGCGAGUCUCUUCGUCUUGCGGUUUUUCGUCUUGCGAAGCACGGCUAUUAGCGGCUUAGCGGCUAUUAACGGCUUAGCGGCUUUAAGAAAAAGGAAACAAACUCGCAAGAACUCGCAAGACGUUUUGUCUUGCGAAGCAAGCCCAUAGGGAAAUUCGUCUUGCGGAACGACUCAAAAAACGGAAAACUCUUUCGUCUAGCGAGUUUUUCGUCUUGCGAGGCAUUCGUCUUGCGGGGCACCACUGUACAGACAUGCCACUUUCUGUCAGAGUGAAAAGACAGCUAACUAGAGAAUAAGGUGAAACAUUAAUGCAUAUGCUUCUGUUUAGACCAGGAAAAAACACAGUGUAGUUGGCAUAAAUGUCAUGUGUACAUUCAUAGAUCCUUCUGUUACUUUUCUGUAGUUUGCAAUAAGCCCAUCCAGCUUCACCAGUAGUGAUCAUCAUGAUGAAGAAGGAAGAAGAAGAAGCAAUCUCUAUUAUAACUUUCCUUGGGGGAAGGAAGUCAUAGAAACUCUGAGCAACCUAGGGGAUAACGAACUGCUACAAAUGUAUACAGGAAAAGAAUCCAGUUUGCAUGUAAGUUUUAUUAAAUUUAUUUUAUUUUAAGAGCAUUUCUAGGCAGCUUUUCAGUCCCAAACAAGAGCUCCCAAAGUGGUUUACAACAUGCAUUGCUUAACUAAUAUACAUUCAAGUGAAGCAGAUGGGAUAAAAACUUUGCCCGGGGACAGUUUCAAGACUAUAAAUGAGCAACAAGACUCAAAGUAGAAGCAAUCCCACAAUCAUAGUGCCUUUGAAGUCACUAAGUGCAGAAUUAUCAUGAAGAUGGCAAGCCGGAGAGCAGCAGGUGCUGAGUGACAUGUUUCUUUCAUUGGAAAUGAACAAAUUAAAUAUGUAGACACUUUUUCUCUGCUCAUCACACAUUCCAGCUCUUUUAGAAACACUUUUUAACCUAUCUCCCCUUCUCUCCCACCAUCACUGUGAACUCUUUUUUUAUUGAGUCAGCAUGUCAAAUGAAUGGAAGUUAAUCUGCUUCUUUACAUCUUUCUUAUUGUAGAAUGUAUUCCUGGGUUUUAAAGAUUGCCAAAUGCACAUUUUUGUUUUUUCUCCUUCAGGGUCGAGAUGGGAGGAAGAAUGUUGUUCCUCAUAUCCUGUCUGUGAGUGGCAAUCUGGACUAUGGAGUGUUAGCAUAUCUCUGUGAUGGUAUGCAGUUGGCUGAAAAUGCUUCAACAAGGAAGAAAGCUCUGCAGAGAAAGGUGAUCUUCCUCUUAAUGCAUAUGCAGGCCAGCAAGGAGGUUGAAAAAUUAAUAUACAGAGGCAGCGUAUAACUAAAACACUUGGGUCACUCCUACACAGAUGAAAACUAAUGGGCGUUAUUCUUGUGUUGGAUUGUGACCUAGCAUAUUGCAUUAUGUGAUUAGGGUAUUGAAUUUUCUAUAAAAGGUGAUAUUGCCCAUAUUCACUCACCAUUAUAAAGCAUAUUCCAGUGCCAAGUGAAUGAACAGCAGCAAGCGCCAGGCUCAAAUGCUACUGAGUUCAGAAAGUUUGUUUUUGCCUUAAUCAAAGGCAAAGUGCAGCUUGGGACGUGGGUGGCACUGUGGGUUAAACCACAGAGCCUAGGACUUGCUGAUCAGAAGGUCAGUGGUUCGAAUCCCCGCGAGGGGGUGAGCUCCCGUUGCUCGGUCCUGCUCCUGCCAACCUAGCAGUUCGAAAGCAUGUCAAAGUGCAAGUAGAUAUAUAGGUACUGCUCCGGCGGGAAGGUAAACGGCGUUUCCGUGCACUGCUCUGGUUUGCCAGAAGCAGCUUAGUCAUGCUGGCCACAUGACCCAGAAGCUGUACGCCGGCUCCCUCGGCCAAUAAAGCGAGAUGAGCGUCGCAACCCCAGUCGGCCACGACUGGACCUAAUGGUCAGGGGUCCCUUUACCUUUAAGUGCAGCUUGAUCUGUUAUAUGCAGCCAGAACUGUAGUUGAACUCAACUAAGGUUAGUUUAAGCAAGCCUACUUCAAUUGUUAGAAGUUGUAACCAGCCAUCGCUAAAGUUAACCAGUUUAUCAGUUCAGACAACACAACAAACUGGUCAAGCAAAAGGUGCCAAGCUCCUCAUUCUUGCCAUACAGGAAGGGCAGGGGAAGCAUGCAGUCCUGAGAAUGUAAACAUUCCUAUUCUCUUUCUUAGGCUUAAUUGGCAACAUUAAUUCCCUGGCUUGGGCUCCAUUUCCCACGAGUUCAAAAAUAAAAAAGAACAUUACAUACUGCCAGUGAUUUGUAUUGUCCUGGGAAUGUUUCAUGGUUGUGUAUCUCUUUUACUGUUUUGUAUUUCAGGUACUUAAACUUCACCCAUGUUUGACGCCAAUAAAAGUAGCUUUGGAUGUGGGAAGAGGCCCUACAAUAGAGCUGAGGCAGGUAAGCUAUGAAAGUAGGUAUGCUUAUUUCAUUCUAAUGCAGGAAUUUUAAUGUAGAUAAGCACAGCUUCAGUUCAUGUGGCUCAAAUGCUGCAUCCAAUCUUUUUGUCCUAGCUGCUGUGAAAGGCAGUGGCCUGGUUUGGCCAACCAAUGGAUUACUUAAGUAGGAUUGCACAAAUGUGCAGGUCACUUGCUUAGGCAUGUAUAAAUCUUGUGCCUAGUUAUUACUUUCUUGCAGGAGUUGUACUGGGGAUAAACUUCGCACAGCUGAUGAUCCGAGGGAUUAGCAUUAAUUGCUUAGGAAGCAAAGUAACUGUAUACAAAAUCAAGAGGAAAAAUAUUUUCAUUGGUUCCUAAGUUAAUUUCUAUUGCCAAAAACAAGGAAAUGUCAAAUAUAUUUGAGGUAAAUGAACCAAGGUUAAAUUGUUGGCAUUAGGUGAUUUCUUUUUUAGCUCUUUCUCCUCCAGAAUGUAUCUUGAAUGUUUUUACAUCAUUAAUGAUAUCAAUUAAUUUAUUAUAAUUAAAAAGCUACGUUUGUUUUCCAGUUUAACAUUCCAAUCACUGACAGUGUUUCCUUCUUGUAGGUGUGCAAGGGAUUGUUCAAUGAAUUGUUAGAAAAUGGGAUUUCUGUUUGGCCUGGAUAUCUCGAAACCGUGCAGUCGUCACUGGAGCAGCUUUUUGCAAAGUAAGAAACAUGGGUUCGUAGAGCUGUAGAGUUGGAAGAGACCACAAGGAUCAUCCAUUCCAACCCCCUGCAAUGCAGUAAUAUUUUGCCCAAUGGUGGGGGUAAAGCUGUGAUAUAAAAUCCAGGCACUGGUCCAGAGACCACAUAACCUCUCCUGAUUCAGAUGUUAUGGAGAAAUAGUGCUGAUCGCUCCCUUCCCGAAAACUUCUAAUGACCACUCCCAGCAGCUUCUUAUAGCUAUUACGUAGCAUUAGCGAUAAGAGAUUACUCUGCAGCACCCCAUAGUGUAACCACUAGGCAGCCAAAAAGCACUCUUCCAAUGCUGCUCUCUGGACUCUGCCCAGAGGUAGGAUCAGAACAACAGUAACACAGCACCCCCAGUUUCCAUUCCCCAGAGCCAGUAGGAUACCAUGGCCAAUGGUAUCAAAAGCUGAAGAGAGAUUAAAGAGCAGGAGCAAGGUCCCGCUCCCAAUGUCCCACUCUCUGCAGAGAUUAGGGUUGCCAUAUGUCCGGAAUUUCCCGGACGUAGUCGGUAUUCUGCCCUUGUAAACAGUGUCUGGGCAGAAAUCACCGAAAGUGUAGAUUUUGACGAAUUUCAUUAAAAUUAGCUCCAAAACUCAUUUUUAGCCAAAGAAGCUCAACAACCUUUGUCUCCAGAUUUUCACUUUUUGAAAUAUGGCAACCCUAGGGGAGGUCCUCCGACAGAGUGACCAAGGUUGACUCACCUCCAUGUUUUAAUAAUCUUUUAUUACAAUAUAGUCAGUACACUGUCUUGCUUGCCUUUAAAAAAAAUACCUGAACUGCUUUUGAGAAAUUCUAUUUUUUAUUAUCUUAGCAUUGCAAAUACUUUUGCAGUGGAUCGUCACACUUCCGCAGCCCUUCUCCCACCAACAUGCUAUAGCCCUAAACUGUUUUGUGGCUCCUACACUGGCUCACAAAUUGGUAUAGACUUCUAUUGCUGUUCUCAGGUUGAGAAAGCAAGAUACGGGAAUACCAAGGCUGUUCAUGCUCUCUGUUGUAUACUUAAAAGUUCAGGGAUAGCAUGGUGGUGGCCUGUGGGAGAUGAACAGGAUAGUAAAUGGUGUCUGGGAAAGAAGGAGUCCUGUGCAGUUUGUCUUAGAGACAGUGGGCAAACUGCACCUCUACAUUACCUUCAUCUGCUCCAGUAUUGAGUGACUCACUUGGCGUGAAAUUGAUCUUGGGUUAACAAUGGCAACAUUGAAUCCUGAAAAUCUUUCAACAGGUCAAUUAGUAAACAAACCCUUUUCCCCCCAAGGAGAACUGAAUGCCUUAUAGCAAUAUUUCUGUAAGUUAUUUUUAAAAACCACAAACUCCUGGAAAGUGCUGGUUUUUAAUGUACAGAAUGCCUAGCGGAUUCUUUCAGUGUGCCUCCCCUAAUAUAAAUUUGUCAUACUGCUACUGAAUACAAGAGCACCAGUUCCACAGGCUUGUUUUUUUGUUUGCAGGUAUGAUGAAAUGAGUAUCCUCUUCACAAUCCUUGUCAGUGAUACCACACUAGAGAAUGGUGUGGUCCAGCUAAGGAACAGAGACACCACAAUGAAAGAAAUGAUGCAUAUAUCCCGAUUAAAGGACUUCUUAACCAAGUACAUUUCAGCAGCUAAAAACAUCUGAGCUUACAAUAAAGACCAAUUCUCUCCUUCCUUCCUGAAUGGAUCUUUUCCCUGGUUGUAGCUAACAAAAGCCAGGAAAAUUGACUUUUUUUCUGAUACAUUGUUCUGUUCGCUAGGGGGCUCUCUUGCAUCAUGCGAUAAGAUGAGGCAAAACUAUGCAACUGGAAAGCCACAGCUUUCAGUUCAUAGUAACAUUACAAAACAUCUAAGAAGCAGAGGGCAAGCAAAGAUAUAAUGAUCCUUUGAUAACUAGCAGUUUGGAGCCUUCCAGACCCCAGGAGAUCUUAAUUUUAUCACAACAUAGCAACAUCUUCAUCUGAAAGGAAUUAGUGCAUUGUUGAUCAAUAAAUUUGUCUUUUUAUAUAGUAGAAAUAGGCAUGGAUGACUUG